UAUGCCUGCGUGAACGUGAAACCUGGUGAGGGCGCUGUUCUAGUGGAGCCACCACCAUCAGACAGGUUGCUAGGUAAACGCGCAGGGCAAAAGCGGCAGCCAGGUCAGAGCAGGUGGAAAGAAGGAAGAAAGGAAGCUUGCGCGCGGGAGGCGACCGCAGGAGAGGAAUGCGCUCCGCUUGAGUCAACUCUUUUCCUCGACUUUGUACAAAGGAGGGUCUGUCUGCAGGUAGAUAACUGUGCGCAGGUGGGGAGGAAGCUUUUCCCACAACAGGAAUCCACCUGCUCGAUCGAUGCUUCCCACUUUGCUUCGACCACCUGGAAGCAGCUGAAUCCACAGUUGCAGCAGGUGCUUAGUGGAGACGAUCCACGCUCUCUCUCAGAGGAAGUUGGCCUCAAAUGGAUCCGAGCUGAUGCCCCCGCAGACAUGGCAGCCCCCCGGGAUGUGGUGGCCCCACCUGGAGUCGUUUUUGGGAGCGUUUUGCUGCUCGGUAUUGGCAUCAGCCGCGUAUGGGGGACUUUAACCACAAUCAAACCAAGGGCAGAAGAAAAUAGAUCUAAUAGCACUGCGGGACCCAAUAUUGCAGCUAUUGUGGCCCCGACAGUCACUCUGGGCGUUCUGGCCAUAGUUCUGGGUGUUUUGGGUUGGUUAUUCUUCGUGGUGAAAAAGAAGAGACAGACUGAGGGGACGUACAGACCCAGUGCUGAGGAGCAGUCCGGUGCCUGCAGUGUGGCCGCACCAGAUGCUCUCAAGUUACCAAAAGAGGAAAGACUCAUUUAAGCUUUGUGCUAAAUCAUCAAACGGCCAUUGUGGUUGAGUUUGUUUGCUUGGACUGGUGACUUCUGAUCAUUUGAUGAUUCUACUUCAUCCAGCGCUCCAUGCAGUGAGGCGUAAAAAACUGACAAUGCGUCGAUGGACAAACAAGGAGCGAACUAUGAUGCGUUUUCCUGCCACUCCAUUUCAACAAGCACUGAAUUGUUCCUGCCUGGUACUGGAUGGAUCUUUUGUGGAGAAGGCCUGAAUGUCAUCUGUGCUAUGCGGAAACAGGAGCUCCAGUAUUUUAAAACCACUAAGAGGAGUAGUGUAGAUUUUUAUUAAAAUACAAUUCACCACAUAAACUAUAGCUGAUAAAAAUGUAGAUUUUUACUGAAGAAAUCUGUUUGAAAUAUUUACCUCAUUUUUUCCCUUUAAUUUCAGUCUUUUUUAUUUAACAAAGGACAUAAAUGCACAGUUAUUAUUAUUGUUUUUUUUUUCUUUCUUUACUAAUGCACCAGAAAAAAAAACCCCACAAUCAAUACAGGUAGUGCUGAUUUGGAGUGACCUGCUGUAAUAAAAAUGAAAUUUCACACGGAAAUUACACAAAGCAAUAUGCAAUCAAAUGUUUUCACCUUUAGGUAUUUUUUAAGUCACAUUGCAGGAACGUUACAUUAAAAUAUUUGUUAUAUUCAAGCA